AAGUUUCAGACGACACAAUCUGCUUCGACACUCCGCAGGGCUAUCGCCUCAGAUGACAAGGUCUUCUGUACCAAUGAUCAAUCAAUCACUGCGGGAAAUCGGCUCCCAAAAAAAACACACACACAAAGUGUAGUAUAGUUAAUAUAAAGAGUGAAAGACAAAACUAUAUAUGAUAGUGGAUGCCAGCUCAAGGGCCUCACAUUUGAAAGUUCGCCUAGGGCCUCUCAAAAUAUUUGGAAUCUCAGGGCCGGCCCUGAGUGAACCAGAAGAGUUUUUGGCGACAGAGUGAGAGAAUGUCGAAGAAGAACAACUUAGCUCUCACAAGGAAAGCGCACGAAUUCGACCUCAGAAGAGAGAAAGAAGAGAGAGAAAAGAAGGCAAUGAAGUUGCGGGCGAAGAAGAACAAGAUGAAGGUGGAUGGUAGUGACAAGAAGAAAAAGAAGGGUGCAAGUGGUUUUCAAGUUAGGAAGAAAAAGGUGAAGACCAAACUGACGGCCUUGGCUAAAGCGAAAGCUGCACAGGCGAUGGAGGUUGACAAAUGAGGUUCUGCAUGAUUCAAUUAGUUAUAUUUAAGAGUUAUCAGUUACAGAUGGUAUGCUGCAAGAUUAUUUGUUUCUUUUGUGGUUUGUAACUUAACAUGUUUAUAUAUGGUAUACAAUGGCAUUUUGGUCUUCCUUUU